AUGUUUGUUCUGUUCUGUUUGUGUUGGUGGCGUCUCAUUGGUGUGUUUGGUGAGUCAGUGUCAGUGAUGGAGGGAGAUUCUGUCACUCUAAACACUGAUCUUACUGAAAUACACGAAGACGAUGACAUACUGUGGAAAUUUGGAGCUGCAAAGUCUCUCUUAGCUAAAAUUAAAAAAAAUAAGCAUAUCUUUACAUUUAAUGGUUCUGAUGGGAGAUUCAGAGACAGACUGAAGCUGGACGAUCAAUCUGGAUCUCUGACCAUCACAAACAUCACAACUGAACACGCUGGACUCUAUGAAGUAAAGAUAAGUGCAGUGAAAAUAUCUUCAAAAACAUUCAGUGUUUCUGUUUAUGCUCGUCUGCUUGUUCCUGUCAUCAGCAGAAACUCUUCACAAUGUUCUUCACCAUCAUCAGGAUCAUCAUCAUCAUCAUCAUAUUGUUCAUUGCUGUGUUCAGUGGUGAAUGUGGGUCAUGUGACUCUCUCCUGGUACAAAGGAAACAGCUUAUUGUCCAGCAUCAGUGUGUCUGAUCUCAGCAUCAGUCUCUCUCUACCUCUGGAGGUGGAAUAUCAGGAUAAAAACACCUACAGCUGUGUGCUCAACAAUCCCAUCAGCAACCAGACCACACAUCUGGACAUCAGUGGACUCUGUCAGCCAUGUUCAGAAUUGUCCAUUACAGAUCAGGUCCUACCUUUAUUGUACAUAGUGUUGAUUUCUGCUGCUGCUGGAUCUCUGUUGAUUGUAGCUGCAGUCUACAUCUGCAAAAAAUGUAGAAAAACAGCUGUGACUAUUGUUAAUGCAGCUGAGACAAGAACUGAUUCAGCAUUGUGUAAACCAACAGCACAAAAAAUGGUAAGAUCAUUCAUGACUGUGUUGCCAGAUGUGUUGCAGUCAGUCAGGCUGAAGCUAGUUCAUUAUUUUUAUGUAUGUAUGUAUUUGUAUGCAAUAUGCAUCAGACAGUCGGUGAACAGAUGUGGGUGAUAUGCCUUGGUUAGCCUAUUACC